AUGGUCGCUCUGGAUGCUAAGGGUGAUGCAAUUUGGAUUCAAGUUCCGAAAACAAAAUUGAACAAAUUUGUGGGCGAUAUGUUCAUCGAAUUCACUUCCGGAACAACCAUGGUCCCAGUUGCAGAUGUUGUACCUCCAUUUAGUGAGUACUGUUUCAGGUUUCUCAAACAUGAAGACAUUUACCCCAAUCGCGGCCAGCGUAUUCUCUUGCUAGAUGUUGUUGGACAGCUCAAGGGACAUUAUCGCACCAGGGAAUCAACUUCAACCAAUCGGAAUUCAAAGCACAAAGAAAUUACAAUCAUGCUACUUGAGGGAAUUCCAGUGAAAGUGGUUUUGUGGGGACGGUUUCCUAGUAUAUUAGAGAAAAUAAUCGACGCUUCUAAUAAUCGGAACGUUGUCCUAGUCAAUACCUUUGUUUUUGUGUCUGAGUGGAAUGAUGAACUGAAGUUGUCAUCAUCUGGUGUCACUAUUAUUUAUGACCGAUUGAACUUGAAUGAAGUCAAUGUCCUUAAAGAAAGAACUGUUGAUAAUGCUCCCAAACUGAUUGAAGAAGAGAAAAUAUUGGCCCACUUUCGAUUGAAGAAUUGA